GAUCCUCGGUCUAAGUAUCUUGCAAUGGCGCAAACUUGGGAAAUUAUAGCCAUGGACCGUUUGACACUUUGUUAUAUCGCUGCGGGCAAAACAGAAGCUGCUGUACAACUUGCAGAAGAGUCUCAACGAAAGCAAUCGCGCCAGGACCCAACAGUCACAGCCUUUUCCAAAUUUUACUACGGUAAUGCUCUGUGGCAUGAUGGUCAAGCUGAAAAAGCAUUGGAACAGUGGAAUUCCCCAUCUGGAACAUGCAGCGCCCCCAUGGCUCUCUGCAAGGAGCCAGGCAAAGAGCAUAAUGAGCAUCUUCAGCUCUUGGCUGAUGCUGGUGUUAAUUUUGAUACAUACGAUGAGCAAGGUUUCAGUGCUCUGGACCACGCCGUACUCAGUGAUAGCCCUCAUGCAAGGGAAGCAAUCCCAAUCGUUGAGAAAGCGCUGCGAAAUGCUCUUCAGUUAGCCAGCAAGGAUGUCGACAAAGAAAUUUUGAUCCGAAAACGGCAAGCAGAGUUGCGCCGCCAAUACCGAACUAUCUUCCAGGAGCAUAUGAGACCUGUGCUGAGGAAGAAGCCUAGCGGAGCUUUCCAUGAAUUAAGGAAAAUUUAUGCGAGAUUCAUCUCACAAGACACCAAGGAAAGGCGCAUGUUUAGUCGAUUUCACUAUAUGAAGUUCACCGAUUUUGUGAACUAUGGGAAACUUCCUAUUUCUACGUCUGGUCUGGACAAGCAAUUCUCUGACGCUAUGGCUGACGUCUUGAUUUAUCAGGACUACUUUUGCGUUGAUCAAGUAGAUGGGCAGGAGAAAGAGCGUGGCGUUGAUGCAUUGCCGCUUGCAGUCAUGCAGUGUAACGCCAUGAUCAGUCUGGUGGAUGAGACUUAUUAUGAGCGAGCAUGGUGUGCCGUAGAAGUUAUGCUUAUGCGUGCGAUUGUCGAAUCAUACGGAUUGCACCAAUGGUGGGAGGACUGCGACGGCUCUUUCAAGGAGGGCGAUACAAGUCAUGUCCUUGAUGUGGGCGACCUGAAACUAACAGAGGAGAAGUUGGACAGACCAAAGAUUGACUUUUUGAUGAGGCAGAGCAAACUGCUU